AUGCUCGCCAUGGCCCUCGUCGCGCUCUUCGCCGCUGCGGUCAUCGCCGCCCCCGCUGACAAGGCCGGCGCCUUCCUCGCCAAGCGCGGUGCCCCCCAUCCCCCCAUCGCUCUCCCCGACUACCCCGGUUGCCCCGAAACCUACCCACGCGCCCUUCCUCCUCCUCCUCCUCCUCCCUGCGCUUACCCGUGCGGUGGCAGCUGCAUCCCUCCCGGCACUGUCUGCUGUGGGGAGUCCGGGAACUUCUGCCCCAGCAACUGCCAGUGCAGUACCAGCGGCCACGGGGAGCACCUCGUCCACAUCUGCCUCGCCCCCAUUGGCCUUGACAUUGACGUCCUCUAG